AUGUCUUCAACAAUUCUAUCGACGCUUCGUGGAUUGGACGAUGAUAAUGAGAAGGAACUGAAGUCUUACUUCGAUGAUAUUAUGAGCAGAGCACCAGCAGAUGAUCAUGAAUAUCUAGGCGAGAUUGUGAAUGCACUUAUUCAGAUAAGUUCGAAGUGUAUCCAUAUUAUUGAUCAUCCAUUCUUCAUUCGUAUUCGAAAUACAUUUAUUAAUAAUCUUGAAAAAUCCGCUGAUAAUUUUACUCUAUCAUGUCGCAUCGGUGAAUUAUUCUCUCAACUAACAAAUCAUACUAACGAUAAAAAUAUCCAACUUGUUCGUGAGUUCUUUGCGGAUUCGAAUCUAACUGAAUGUUUAAUUGAAUCUCUCACUAAUCUCUCGCCCACAGCCAAUGAUCAUCUAAUUGGUAGUAUUGAACAUAUGAUUGAUGCAUAUCAAAAAUUUCAAGACGAUCGUCCAACUAUUCAAGAUGAUCCAAUUCUUUCGACAUUGAUCAUGCCUAUUGUCAACUUUUUCAAAUCAAAUGAAUAUAAAAAUUCAUUUUUUCAAUUAUCAGCUAAACAAGAUCAAUUGACAUCUUUUCAAAAACUCAUUCUUGUGACAUGUCCAACAUAUAUUAAAGCCUAUUGGGGGCAACUUCAAGAAGAAAUUUUCUCUGCAAUAGCACAAGUCACAUUGACUCGUUCGUCUGAAAUCUUCGAACAUUUUUUACCAUCAAUUGAUAAUUGGCAAGAGCCAGUCAUCUGGUCUAUCUAUUCACUGAUUUUACUUUGUCAAAGAUGUGGUAAUGAAAAUCUUCUACCAGCUUACGAUUUACAACAUAAAAAAAUUCUUGAUUAUGUACUGAAUAUUGUUCAAGGAAAAGAAUUAUGGGAUGUUGCGAAUCAAGAUUCAACUUCAGACAAGCGUCAAUAUCGAGUAAAUCGACUUUUUUGCUAUAGUACUCUUUACAUAUAUACUACAACAUUCUUACCGGAACUUCGUGAUAAGCUAAAAGAAAAUAAUAUUACACCACUUCUGAUCAGACUUACUAAAGCGAAGUAUGAUAAAACUCAAUUUCAUGCUUAUCGAACAUUAGCCGCUGUUCUUACUGAUAAUGAUAUUAAACAAUUAGCGAAUCCAGCUCAAAUUAUCACUGUAUUCAUUACUUAUAUGAAAAAAACGAUUGAUGUCAUCGUACUAAGACAACGGUUAGAAAAUUUACUUCUCACUUUGAUAAUUCUCAUUCAACAUGAUCAAAUUCGAGGGGAAUUUGCCAGGCAAACGGAUGGUUUACCUCUUCUCUUGCGAUGUGCAACUGAAUUUCAAUUCGAAGGUACAAAAAUACAAUUACGUUCACUGAACAUUCUCAUGUCACUCACUUUUAACAAUGAAAUCAAAAUUUUACUUGAGAAUAAUAGCACUUUUAUUCAGUAUCUACGAACACUGGUCACUUCUUCGAAAUCGCCUGAAUUACAAAAAAUUGUCGAUGGUAUUUUAUGGCGAUUAUUUCCAAAAUAUGAAACAACUGAAACGAAAUUUCAAUACGAUGUAAUGAUAUCAUAUUCUCAUAAAGACAAAGAUCUAUGCCAUCAAAUACACAAAGCUCUCGUUGCCGAUAAUUUUCGCGUAUGGAUCGAUCUUGAACGAAUGCAUGGUAUCAUGAUGCAAGCAAUGGCUGAAGCAAUUGAACAAUCGCGUUAUAUUCUCAUCUGUAUGAGUGAUAGUUAUGCUGUCAGUCCUUAUUGUCAAGCUGAAGCACAGUAUGCAUUUGAAAAGCGACGUAUCUUGAUUCCAUUGCGAGUUCAAAUCGGUUAUAAACCCCAAGGUUGGCUAGCCUUUACAAUAUCUGGUCGAAUGUAUGUGGAUUUUAUCAAAUUGAAUUUCGAGACUGCUUAUGCUCAACUUAUGUCACAAUUUCAUCAAAAUCCAGUUGAUGAAAAAGAUGUUGCACCAAGAUUAUCACAACCAAACGUUAAAGAUGCCGUAGUAGAGAGAGAUUUUCGCACUGCAUCUUGUGGUAUAUUUUUUUAA